GAUGAUUCCGCUCCAGAGAGUUUUAGUGGUAAUGAUACCCUAGGACACAGCUCAAAUCCACCAGGAGGAACACUCAGCAGGGAGGUGACGGAAGCCAGCAGCAAUGGAAAAGCUAGUUCUGAGCAAGAUGAACAGCCCUUGAAUUUGAGUGACUGUCCACUGUCAGCACCACUAAAUUCUGAAUUGCAAAUAGAUGAUCACACUAGUAAUGGAAAAACAAAGUACAAAAACUUCUUAAUGACAGAUAUAAAGAUGGAGCGGGAAACGAGAGAGAAUGGAAGCAAGUCUCCAGCACAUAGCUACUCCAGCUAUGACUCUGGUAAAAAUGAAAGUGUAGGUGGUUGCGGUGAAGAUCUGUCUUUGAACCGGGGGGAUGAUGAUGAAGAUGACCACGAUGACCAUGAGGAUGUAGAGAAGGCAACUGAAGCAGAUGGCGUGGAAGCAGAACGCUUGAAAGCUUUUAAUAUGUUUGUCAGGCUGUUUGUAGAUGAAAACUUGGACCGAAUGGUCCCUAUCUCUAAGCAGCCCAAAGAAAAGAUCCAGGCAAUCAUUGACUCAUGCAGGCGACAAUUUCCUGAGUACCAAGAGCGUGCCAGAAAACGUAUACGCACUUACCUCAAGUCCUGCAGGCGGAUGAAAAGAAGUGGUUUUGAGAUGUCUCGGCCUAUACCUUCACACCUCACCUCCGCUGUAGCAGAAAGUAUCUUGGCCUCUGCUUGUGAAAGUGAAAGCAGGAAUGCUGCUAAGAGAAUGAGACUAGACAGGCAGCAGGAUGAACCAGCAGUACCCGACAAACCAUUUAAACAAGAGAAUGCACAGGUCACUUAUUCCACGUCCGCUGUAUCCAGCACGCAAGAGGUGUUAUACAUCAAUGGGAAUGGGACUUACAGUUACCAUAGUUACCGGGGGCUAGGGGGUGGCCUACUAAAUCUCUCGGAUACUUCGAACAGUGGGCCGACAGAUCUGAGCAUGAAGAGGCAGUUAGCAACUACCUCCACCUCAUCUAGUAACACAAGCUCCAGACCUCAGCUAAAUCCUACAGAAAUUAAUGCUGUCAGGCAGCUAGUGGCCGGUUACCGGGAAUCAGCAGCGUUUUUGUUACGUUCAGCAGAUGAACUAGAGAACCUCAUCUUACAGCAGAACUGA